AUGUUCACCCCACAACGGCUCACUCGUACCAUCAAACCACUCUUGGCGUUGACACGUCGUUGGCAUACAACAGAGAAGGCUGUCUUCCUUGACUUGAAGCAGUUGGAGGCCUUGGAACAACUUGAAUCGGUCGAAUGGGCCGAGCUCCCAGCGAUCAGUCAAACAGUGGCACGCCGAUCAGAAGCAGCAGAAUAUGGACGUAAAAGGAUCGGUGCUGUACCCCUUCCCAAGCCAUUGAUCGAUGGGAUCUCAGAGAUCAUUCAAGAAAGCGACAAAAAGUUAAUACGCACGGAUGCAUUGCGUAUCUAUGAAUCGUUACGUUCGACUUCACGCAUACCAACAGAGGAUACAACAAAAGAACCACACACGGUAGCUUAUGGACCUCGUGAAUCACUUGCCUAUCUCGCUGGAGCAAUGCCAUCCGCUUAUGCAGCAACAUUCAAUGUCCUCCAUGAGAUUUCUCAUCGACUAUCAGACUUUAAACCAAAAACCAUCCUUGACUUUGGUACAGGACCAGGCACAGCAUUAUGGGCAUCACAUCAAGUUUAUGAGGAUAUACAGCAUUGCACGGGCGUGGAUUUGUCAGAGGAUAUGCUUAGCAUAGCUGAGAGGCUGCAGGACAGUGUCGCUCCUCAAUUACCAAUCGAUUUUAAGCGAUAUCUUGCAUUAGGACCAGAGGCAUCCAAGCCGGAUUUGGUGAUUAGUGCAUUUACAUUGGGUGAUGUACCAUCAACAGCGCUCCAGAAAUCGAUUGUUCGACAGCUGUGGGAUAUGACAGGCGAUGUAUUGGUGUUGAUCGAUCGAGGCACACCCAUUGGUUUCUCAAAUAUUGCUCGUGCUCGCCAAUAUGUUUUGGAUACAAAUGAGGACGUACAUGUGGUAGCACCGUGUCCCCAUGAUAAACCUUGCCCCCUUCUCUAUUCGCCGGAUGCCAAACCUGAUAGGCUAUGGUGCCAUUUCUCACAAAGAGUCCAACGACCACAAUUUCUGAUGAAAACCAAACAUUCAAAGUCAAACUCUGAAGAUGCCAAAUACUCCUAUGUUGUGCUUCGGCGGGGUCAGCGUCCCAAAGUGACAGAAGGCGAUCAUGCAUCGGAAGCUUAUACAUGGUCACGGCUGGUGCAGGCACCAAUGAAGAAACAAGGUCAUGUGAUUAUGGACGUGUGUACAAAAGAAGGGGAAAUACAGCGAAUGGUUGUACCUAAAUCGCAGGGUAAGGUGCCUUACAAGGAUGCACGCAAGAUUGCAUGGGGUGAUCUCUUUCCACAUCCACCAAAGAACAAGCCUGUUGUUCGCAUGUCCAAAGGAUCCACUAGCAAUGAUGAUGAUGUAGCAUAA